ACGGUGAAGAGAACAAGUAUAAUAGUUGCCUCGGUGUCCUAAUCAUUGAGACAUUUGCUCCGGGAAUAUUCAGAGUUUCUAUAGAACACUCAGUGGUACAUGGUGUUCAUAUCGCUCAGGCCAGGUUCCAGUGUGGCAAUCCUUGCGCUCAGGCCAGGUCCCAGUGUGGCAAUCCUUGCGCUCAGGCCAGGUUCGACUGUGGCAAUCCUUGCGCUCAGGCCAGGUUCCAGUGUGGCAAUUCUUGCGCUCAGGCCAGGUUCCAGUGCGGCAAUCCUUGCGCUCAGGCCAGGUUCGAGUGUGGCAGUCCUUGGGCUGCUUGUUGUAGUUUUCAAGCUAACGCCAGCAACGGAAAACCCAUGAGUGGAUAGUUUGCAGUCGACUACUGACUACUGGUCUGUACUGCAGGUCGUUUUCGGGUGUGGUCACGUGUGGGUGUAGUGGAUUGGAGGACGGGUACCGGGUAGUGAUUGCUUCCCAAUCUACCAGGCAGCACCUGCUGCUGCUGCUGCUGCUAGCGCUGCUGCUGUAAUUCCUAUUAUCUGUUACCCAGAGCUUGGAACGACGUAGCUGUGUCACUGUGUAUCGUGAGUAGUUACACUCCACACCAGACCAUUGCGGCAUUCUUGCCGACGCUUUGUUCCAGUCGUCAGCAGUUCACCGUGUAAUAUGGAAGGUGAACGCUUCGCUUUCCUCGUGGAGUGGUAUGAUUCGCUAGCGGUCAUAGUGCGACGCUACAACUUCCUCUUCUAUCCUAAAGAUAACAGCGUGGAAAUGUACCAUUUGGACAAGAGCACAGCAGAGGAGUUCUUGGAAGUCUACAGAGGUGUCGUUGCCGAAUAUCCGGAGAUGGUAUCUGAGUUGUGCUCAGGAGCAUGCGUUGCCAUGGCAUUAACUCAUCAACAUGGCGAUGCUUGUGUAGAGCAGUUCAGACAGUUUGUUGGACCAGCAGAUCCAGAGAUAGCUCGUCACUUGCGUCCCAGCACGUUGCGUGCAAAAUAUGGACACAACAAAUUGAAGAAUGCUGUUCACUGCACUGACCUAGCUGAUGACGGUAUGCAGGAGGUUGAGUACUUCUUCAAGAUUCUCCAGUAACUACGGAAACAGACAAGACUUCAGUGAAGGUUACAGUGCAUCCUGAGUAAUCGGCGUCACAAUGCAUUUUCGUUGAUGUGUCUUCUGUAACCGCUGGAAUGAACAUUCAGCCACCGUUGCAGCAAUGUGUUGAGAGAUGCAAAGGCGAGGUUUGAUGAGCUGAUUUCGAUGUGAUAUUUAUCCUGAAACAUAAUGCAAUGCCAUAGUAAAUGACUGUCGUUGAAUUCAUUCCUUUUCGCUUUCAUUAUAAGAACAGGAUUUAUCUGUCUGUUUGAACCACACAUAUACUAUGCAUGCGUGGUGUCUGCGGGCUCUGUGAUGUCAUGAUGUUACGGUGUCAUGAUGUCAUGUUUUGAUGUCAUGAUGUCAUGAUGUUAUGAUGUUAUGAUGUUAUGGUGUUAUGGUGUCAUGAUGUUAUGAUGUCAUGAUGUUAUGAUGUCAUGAUGUUACGGUGCCAUGAUGUCAUAAUGUUAUGAUGUUAUGAUACCAUGAUGAUACCAUGAUGUCAUGAUGUUAUCAUGUCAUGAUGUUACGGUGUCAUGAUGUCAUGAUAGAUCAUCUUUGUCUUAU